GUCACAGUUUGUUGUUUUGUUUGAGGCAUGCUUUAAGAUAUAUCCAUUAAAUAGAGCAGUGGACAGUUUGACCUCCAGACGCGUGUGUUGCUUUCUAUGUACCUCUACCACAACAAGAAGUUGAAAAGAGAGGACACACGCACAUGGCUCGGCCUUUUCAGCUCCUCUCCCUUCUCUCCAGGCUGGGAGCUCCGUCCGUGGCUCGGCCUUUUUCUAGUACCUGCGUUCGGUUUGCAAGCAGAGGUACCGGCAAGACAUGGCUGGCACAGAGCCACGAUCACACAGCCAGAUCAUCACAUGGAGCUUCAAGACACAGCGACCGGAUGUCCGAUGAAGAAGUCGGUCUGGAAGACGUAGAAGACAAGCUCCAAGCCUUGGUUGAUGAGGGGAGAAAGAGGCAGAGGACUGUGAAAUAUCACAUACUGAGAAGACAGAUGACUCCUUCAGGAGCUCCACAGAGGAAGCUUACCUGGGAUGCUAUUGCGCAAUCCAGAUAUCUGAAGGAAGAGCAACCAGAAGAGUGGACAGUGGAGCGUCUGGCUGAGGGCUUCUCUGUCAGCCCUGACGUCAUCCUGAGAGUCCUCAGAUCCAAGUUUGUGCCCAGUCCUGAAAGAAAAGCCAAGCAGGAUGCUAAAUCUAUGGCAGGACUCGGCCAGCAGGUGUUGCCUUCAGGUGACAGGGCAGCGUCAGACAGACUGAAGCUGCCUGGAAUCCAUGCAACGGCAGUGCUACCACCCGGAAGAGGAGCCGAUGCAGUGGUGCCUGCGUCUGAUAAGACUUUAAUGCUUCGAAGCACAGAGGCUAGUAAGAGUUUGGUCCCUGCUACUUUUCUGCCCAUCCAGCCCAAAGCUGGUAUUAGUAAAGACGCCACAGUGGAAACAUCUGGAACAAUGCUUACAGGGGAUGACGGAGAGGAUGAGGAGAGCUGGGAUGGACAGGUGUUCACAGAAGAAGAACUUGAACAGUAUAUCCAAAUGGAAAAGCCCUCACCUGUAGUGCAAGUUGGUUGUGACUUUUUUGAUGUAGAGGGUGAUUUUUUGUACAGAAUCUAGAGUUACUGUGUUGGACUAUUAACAAUCCAUAUGAACACCUGACAAUACUCUGCCAAGAGAUUAUCACUCUAACUGAACGAAACAACAUCUUUGGACUACAUUUAUUCCUGCAGUUGUUCCCUUAUGCAUUUAUUUAUUUAUUCACUUUGUUCCAUGUACCUCUAUAAAUUAAAGGAUGAAUACAGCAAUAAUUAAACAGAAAAAAUAAAAUAAAAAGAUUUUCCUUUGAUUAUACAAAAUGGCCACAGGUUUAACUCACGUCUCCUUAGAAAUAUCUCACAUCAGCUGUCACACUGAAGGGUAACUUAACCCCUUUGUGACCUGUGCGAAAACUGUCUGUUUUCUCAGACUUCAAGAAGAACCACUUUGUAAACCACCGUUGUGAAGCCACAGUGAGGUGUUUGUAACCGUGCUUUCAUUUUCGCUGUAAGCAGCAUAAACCAGGCUUCUUUAAUUUAGUGUCGUUUGUGAGAAAGAAGAAUCAUGCAACAGAAAUAGAGGAACAUAUGAAUUUAUUGGAAACCCCAAAGAAAAUUGCGUCAAAUAUACAGAAGAGAGAAACAGAGCAGAUACAAAGAUGUAGCCUUGUAUAUUUACAGAACCAUCACAAUGAUUAUUCAUUUACACAGCAGUUUUCAAUUGUAAGAAAAAAGUGUAACUUCACUUAAUGCAAUAAAUCUUUAAAUAAGAAUUGGCCUAGCGUCUCCCAGUGUAAAGCAGCAGCUACAUUAUAACCCUGUAUCCAAUCUGUGUUUUCCAUUUGAGUUGACGUGUGAGCUAAAGCUCAGUGGGUUUAAAUAAUGUGAA